AUGGACCUGCCCGUAUCGGGCGGGGACACCUAUUACGAUCGCAUGUAUGCAGAGCCGCGCAAGCCAAACAUUAAGAGGAUUGCUGUCGCCAUCUCCCUGGUCCUGGGCACUAUCGGCAUGCUUUAUAAGCCAGCCUUCCAGCACUAUCAACGCAUCGCCCACGAUUGCUCCAAGGCUCUCUCGGUCGACAAGAGGGCACAGAAGGUUCUGACAACAAGUCCCUUGAUUGACGGACACGUCGAUUUCGCCGUCUUCCUCCGCGGUGUUUUUGAUAACCACAUCGACGGCGAUGACUUUACCGGGCCGUUCGAAAAUGGAACGCUCAGUGGCCACCUUGACCUCGCACGACUGAGAGCUGGUCGCUCGGGCGGUGCGUUCUGGAGUGUUUUCGCCCCAUGCCCGGAAGAUGGAGCAGACUUCUCUGAUGAGAAUUAUGCUGCCAGUCUUCAAUUCACGUUGCAGGCAAUCGACACCAUGAAGAGGCUCUUUGCGGCUUAUCCCGAUCACUUUGCUCAUGAUGUUGACGGCGCCGAUGCCCUGAAGGCUUUCCGAAGAGGCAAGCUGGUUUCGCCCCUGGGCGUGGAGGGUCUUCACCAGAUUGCCAACCAGCCUAGCAACUUGCGCCUGUUUCGCGAUCUCGGUGUGAGAUACGCAACGUUGACACACAACUGCCACAACAAGUAUGCAGAUGCCGCCCUGCAAAGCAAUCCGUUUAGGAAAGCAACCCCAGUCUGGGGUGGCAUUAGCCCCGACGGACGAAAACUAGUUCACGAGAUGAAUCGAAUUGGCAUGAUUGUCGAUCUUUCUCACGUUAGCGAAGAUACAAUGAUUGAUGCCCUUGGCGGAAAUGAUGACUGGGAAGGUUCCAAAGCACCCGUCAUCUUCUCUCAUAGCUCGGCCUAUAGCAUCUGCCCGCAUCCACGCAACGUCAAAGACCAUGUCCUGCAGCUGGUGAAGAAGCGCAAUUCCGUGGUCCUGGUUAACAUUUACCCUGGGUUCAUCUCCUGCUUUGAUGAAGGCAACGAGAAUGGCGUUCCGACCGAGGACACUGAGAACGCUACGCUGGAAAAGGUUGUCGAUCACAUUACGCACAUCGGAGAUCUCAUCGGCUACGAUCACGUUGGCAUUGGAUCUGACUUUGAUGGAAUUGACAGAGUCCCUGAAGGGCUUGAGGAUGUUACCAAAUAUCCCGCUCUGAUUGCCGAACUCUUGCGACGAGGAGUUAGCGACGCAGACGCCGAAAAGGUUGUUAGCGGUAAUGUCAUCCGUGUCUGGAAGGAGGUGGACGCAGUAUCAGCCCGGAUGAAAGCUGAUGGCGCCCCCAUCUUGGAAGAUGAAUUCUAG